AUGGAAGACGAGGCAGAUGAAGUAAAAAAUAAUAAUGAGAAUUUUCCAUAUCGGAUAGAGUUUGAGGAUACUUACUUUAAAGCACUAGCGGAGGCAGAGAAAGUAUUAAACCCUAUGAUUCAGCAAGGUCUUGUACUAACAGCGCAAAAUACAGGAACUACUUCGACACUAUCGGCAAUUAAUUUAGCUGCAUUAAAUAUACCAACUUUUAGUGGCAAAUAUGAAGAUUGGUCAGCCUUUUUUGAUAUGUUUCAACGCCUGGUACAUUUUAAUGCGGAGAUAACGCCAGUUCAAAAAUUCUUUUAUUUAAAGUCAUCAUUAAAUGGAGAAGCAGCUAGUAGUAUUAGAUGCAUUGAAACAACGGAUGCAAACUAUGAUGCCGCUUGGACUACAUUAAUUGAACGUUAUAAUAAUAAAAAGGUGUUAGUUCAAAGACACGUCCAAAAUAUUGUCAAAUUAGAACCGUUACAAGAUAGUACUGCCAGAAGAUUACGUAUGUUAAUAGACGACUUAAAUGGUAAUAUAAAAGCUUUAGAAACUUUAGGCGAAAACCCAGGAGAUUGGGGACCUUUACUGUUGCACAUAGUGUGUUCAAAGCUGGAUCGAGAAACGCUGAAGUCAUGGGAGAUAAAAUCAUCCAAGGAUAAAGUACCAACUGUUAAGGAAUUGACAACAUUUUUAGGCGAACGUUUUCAGAUAAUGGAAUCCAUAGAAUCUUCGCAAUGCAGUAAUAAUUAUUUAUUAACUGUUGACCGGAAAAGUAUUUUUAUAAAACAUGCGAACAAUCAUUGUAAAUUAAUGACUCGGUCAAAUCCUCUGAUAACUACAGCGAUUAAGUGUUAUGUUUGUAAUCAGCCGCAUACAAUAUAUAAGUGUCCAUCGUUUAUUGCGUUAUUGGUAGCCGAGCGCAUAUCUAAAGUGAACACAAUAGGCCUAAAAAUUUAA